CUGGUCACACCUCUGUAAGCCACACCUCUCAGAGGUCAUCCUGGUCACACCUCUGUAAGCAACACCUCCCAGAGGUCAUCCUGGUCACACCUCUGUAAGCAACACCUCCCAGAGGUCAUCCUGGUCACACCUCCAGAAGUCUGUCUUACUACCCCUCUCUCACCUCUAGGAUUGUCUGUGACCUCCAUCAGUCAUCUAAUGUGACCUCAACGGUGAGAUAUUUUGUGACUUGGUUGGUACUAUUUCAACAGUGUCCUGGCUGGCACUUUCUCAAGUGACCUGGUUGGUACUACUUCAAGUGACCUGGUUGGUACUAUAUCAACAGGCAGGCGAGCGGUGGUCUAUGCUUCAGUCACUCCCCAGAGGUCAUCCUGGUCACACCUCUGUAAGCCACACCUCUCAGAGGUCAUCCUGGUCACACCUCUGUAAGCAACACCUCCCAGAGGUCAUCCUGGUCACACCUCUGUAAGCAACACCUCCCAGAGGUCAUCCUGGUCACACCUCCAGAAGUCUGUCUUACUACCCCUCUCUCACCUCUAGGAUUGUCUGUGACCUCCAUCAGUCAUCUAAUGUGACCUCAACGGUGAGAUAUUUUGUGACUUGGUUGGUACUAUUUCAACAGUGUCCUGGCUGGCACUUUCUCAAGUGACCUGGUUGGUACUACUUCAAGUGACCUGGAUGGUACUAUAUCAACAGUGACCUGUUUGGUACUACUUCAAGUGACCUGGUUGAUACUACUUCAAGAGUGACCUGGUUGGUACUAUAUCAACAGUGACCUGUUUGGUACUACUUCAAGUGACCUGGUUGGUACUACUUCAAGAGUGACCUGGUUGGUACUAUAUCAACAGUGACCUGUUUGGUACUACUUCAAGUGACCUGGUUGGUACUACUUCAAGAGUGACCUGGUUGGUACUACUUCAAGAGUGACCUGGUUGGUACUACUUCAAGAGUGACCUGGUUGGUACUACUUCAAGAGUGACCUGGUUGGUACUAUUUUAAGAGUGGCCUGGUUGGUACUUCAAGAGUGACCUGGUUGGUACUACUUCAAGAGUGACCUGAUUGGUACUACUUCAAGUGACCUGGUUGGUACUACUUCAAGUGACCUGGUUGGUGCCUCAAGAGUGACCUGGUUGGUACUACUUCAAGUGACCUGGUUGGUACUACUUCAAGUGACCUGGUUGGUACCUCAAGAGUGACCUGGUUGGUACUACUUCAAGAGUGACCUGGUUGGUACUACUUCAAGAGUGACCUGGUUGGUACUACUUCAAGAGUGACCUGGUUGGUACUACUUCAAGAGUGACCUGGUUGGUACUACUUCAAGUGACCUGGUUGGUGCCUCAAGAGUGACCUGGUUGGUACUACUUCAAGUGACCUGGUUGGUACUACUUCAAGAGUGACCUGUGUGACCUGGUGAUGAGAGUGUAAGUGUGGGCGUGAGACAUGACUAGCCCCACCCCCCACCCCUCCCCUCCACCUAUUUUCCGACCCUGGCAGUCCUACAUAGGACCCCCGACCGCCGCCCACACCCCACCUACCGCCCACACCCCGCCCACACCACCCACUAAGGCGGCGGUGCCUAUUCCCACCCUCAAGCGACCCGCUCAUGAUCACUGCAACACAUUGCCUUGUAAGUUCUCCAAGACGGAGGGCGGGAGUGUGGCAGGUGGGAAUAUGGGCGUGGGCGGCAGUGUCGGUAUCAAUGUGGGCGUGAUGAGAAUGAUGAACCCUCUAAUGGCCCAACUUCGCGGGCUGGCGCCGCCCGUUCCACCACCUUGUCCACCAGCCAGCGUCGGCGGCAUCGUGGGAGUGAUGGGUGGAGUAGGCAGCAUGGCAGAUAUCAUGGUACCCCUAGCAGGAGAAAGCAUGAUGCCCCGGCUGGGGUCCCUAGCCAAUUUAGGGACCAUGGGGCCUCUGGUUCCCCUUCUGGACAUGCUGGUACCGGCGGCGGAGGUGGAACGCGUGUGCGGACGAAGCCGGGUUCGCCCGAAAAGGUUUGCGUGCAGCGAGUGUGGAUCCGCCUUCAGCAACAAGGGUCAGCUUCGUGGUCACCUGAGGAUCCACACGGGUGAGAGACCCUACGCCUGCGCCCACCACGGGUGUCACAAGCGCUUCACCCGCAACGAAGAGCUCACCCGCCACCGGCGCAUCCACAGCGGCGCUAGACCCUUCCCAUGUCCGCUGUGCGACAAGCGCUUCGGACGCAAGGAUCAUCUCAAGAAACACAUCAGAACACACCAGAGACACGCACUCUUGCCUCCGCACCCUCUCCUGCACCGUCUACACCACCUGCAUCACCUGCAGUGACCCCGGCUUCUUCAGCUGUACCCUCUGUACCAUUCACUCCAUGUAUACAUUACCUGUACUGACAAACACAGCUAUCACAUCCCUCCUAUAAGAGCAUAGCGACCCACACAUCAUCUGCAAGUCAUAGUGGCCCCCACAGUCUCCAUAACCCUCCUACAAGAGCCAUAGUGAUCCCUAAAGUCCCCCACAACACUCCUACCCUCUAACAAGGGCCGUAGUGACUCUUACACUACUACAAGAGCUGGAGCGAUCUCUACAGCCCCCACACUAUUCCUACAUGAGCUGUAGUGACCCCUACAGUCCCCACACUACUCCUAUAAGAGUCCUAGUGACCCCUACAAUCCCCACGCUAUUCUUACAAGAGUCAUAGUGACCCCUACAGCCCCCACACUAUUCCUACAUGAGCUGUAGCGACCCCUACAGCCCCAUUAUUCCUACACGAGCUGUAGCGACCCCUACAGUCCUAACACUACUACAAGAGUCGUAGCGACCCCUACAGUCCUAACACUACUACAAGAGUCGUAGUGACCCCUACAGUCCUAACACUACUACAAGAGUCGUAGCGACCCCUACAGUCCUAACACUACUACAAGAGUCGUAGCGACCCCUACAGUCCUAACACUACUACAAGAGUCGUAGUGACCCCUACAUUCAGACCCCAGCAACU